GAGACCGAGGCAUGGGGAUGCGAGGAACAGGAGGAAGAACCGAAAGAAGACGUUGCUCUUCAAGAAGAAGUUGAUGCGGAGUCUCCGGAGGGCGGCAAGCCGGCGGCAGCCACUCCGGAUGGUCACGACAAGUUGGAGGUGCUUCGUGAGCAGUGGGAGAGCUGCUUGGGAGAAUGGAAGAAGUCCGAGAUUUUCAUGAGCAUCCAGAAGAGCUCGGCGGAGCGCAGGAAAGGCAAGCGUGUUUGGGCUACGAGAGCCGCCAUCGUUGAGAAGUACAAGAGCGAAGAGGUUGCUGACCGGAUCAUCGCGCAGAAGAUGUCAAACGAAGAGACCCGGAAGACUCAGGUGAAAGCUCACCCAGACGACCCCGACAACAAGGACCUCAUGCUGUACCUCAUCUGGGACUCCGAGGAGGAGACAAGUGAGGAGGAUGUGGUCAUGACGCAGCUCUUCCAGGCUGUGGACUCUGACGACCCCGAGGCGAGUGAAAGCCCCAAGAAUGGGAAGAAGAAAAGCAAGAAGAAGAGCUCGUCCUCCGAGGAGGACCUUGUGCCCAGUAUUCUUGAAACUGAUCGAUAUAGUUCAACCAUCCCAAGCACCCAACUUGUGCCAAAGUCCUCUAUGCCACUGCAUCAGGACAGCAGCUCCGAGUCGAGCUCGAAGAAGAAGAAGAAGAAAAGCAAGGGUAAGAAGAAGGGAAAGAAGGGCAAGAAGGGCAAGAAGGAGACGAAGGAGCAGCGUGACAAGCGAAUCAAGCGCGAGCAGGAGAUCCAGUUGAAGGAGCAGCAGCGCGAAACUGAGAAGUCCAAGAAAGCACAGGUGAGCAAAGCCAAGAAGGCCCUCACUUCUGUCAACGACACCAUCCGGAAGGGCCGCGAGAAGCUCACCAGGGUGUCCAAGUUGACAAAGGCACUGCGAGACGCCAUCGAGGACGACCUGCAAGCGGUGUACGAUGGGAUGGUUGCCGAGCGCGACGGGUUGCAGCAGGCGAUCGACAGCCACGAGGAUGUGUCAGGAUUCCGACUCCGUGCCUUCAUAUCGCCCUCGCUAGGCUUUCAGGAGCUGCGGGGAUCUAUGAUUCCUCACCUGAGAGAUCCUGGUGUUGUUAAUGGCCUUGGGGAAAUUCGGUGCCGGCUAGCCUGUGUGUACUACACAUGGGACACGGGCCUGAAAUGCCUCGAAGUGACACGUGCUGAAAUGGAUGAUGCUUUUGCACUGCUCAUGGUGAUUAGUGAAGAUGUAUUACCGCUACCUGCGGAGUCCCGGGUACUGGAAAAUGCUCUGCAAUCAGUCAGUUCGGGAAUACGUGCCAUCCAAUCCAAGGCGAGCUCCGUGGCGAAAGCGAUGCGAGACAUCAAAGCACAUGUCGACGACUGCGACAUAGUUCAUGAAGAGGUAAGGCGUCUGGGUACAUAUGCUGAAGGCAACGACCCGCGCAACUUCUGGAGAGCCUUGAACAUUCCAGUUGAUGACAAGUAUGAAGUGCAGACCCUUCCAAUGCUGGAUCCGCACUCUGUCAUCGCUUACCUCUGGAACAUCAUUGGUGUGCAGGUUCCAAGUAAAGAUGUCCAGACAUUCUGGCAUCACUCCCGGCAGCACCGGCAGCCAUGGGCGCUGGAGCAUCCAGCCACUGAUCGCCACAUCCCAAUUGGAAUUUAUGGAGACGCGGCGAAGAUCCCGACUGCUUUCAACGCGGACAAGAUCCUCGGCAUCUUCAUCAAUCUUCCGCUGUGGCGACCCACGUCUAUCAGGGCUUCCCGCUUCUUGAUCUUCGCCGUCGAGGAGUCGAAGCUGUGGGGCACGCACACGCUCUCGGCGGUUCUCGAGAGAAUCGUCUGGAGCCUCAACCUUCUAUUUGAAGGCAAAAGGCCGACUGUUGAUCCCCAGGGGAAUGACAUGCCCGAUCCCUUCAAGUUCUAUGGCUGGGUUUGCAGGGACAAGAGUGUUUUCGCUCUUACUGAAAUCCGGGGCGACCAACUGUGGCAUAAACAGAUCUUCCGGUUCUCUGCCUCUUGGGUGUGGACCUCACAGAAAGUUUGCCAUGCGUGUGACGCCCGAGCUCAUGGCCCCGAAUCCCAGGACCGCUUGUACUUCAACUUCGAUGCAUGGAUCAUGCUUUGUGAAGAAGGAAUUUUCGGCGACCCCGAGUUAGCGAUCAAAGACCGCCUAGUCCUGGCCUACCGGGCCUCGUGUCUUGGACGUUUGAUGCUGUGGCUGCUUUCGGGUGUACUGAAGAAAAAUGGUGAUGUUCUGCUGACGGCAAAAGCCUACAACAACCGCAUCAUCCUGGAGUGGCUGGCAUCCGAGCUUCGCAAAGCUGUGGAUGCAGGCAACUGGAAAGACAAGCGACUUCCUCUAGCAGCGCGUGCCCUGCAUCCCGACCAAACUUUUGCAAUGUCCUUAGAUCAUAUGUGCCCUCGCACGGCACGGUUACAUGCACAGUCUGUGAUAAGGACGGGAAUGCAUGCAUAA